GUGAAACAGCUCCUCUAGCACUUCCCCCUCCCGGCGCUGAUGUGAGGGGCUGCCUGCCUGCCUGGGUGGUCUCUCUCUCCCUCUACUUUGGUGAGCUGUUGCUUAGCAGCUAAUAAUAGGAGAUGUUUGCAAAGUAAUUUGCCUCUUCCUCGGCCAAUGAGAACCAGAGCACUUUUCCAUCAAACCACCCUUUUCAGGGUUUGCAAAGGGGCUACCUUUCCAAAUGUUACUGCAACAGGAUCAGAGGUAGACUGGCGGAAUCCGCUCGCCACUUUCUUCUGCUUUAAAACACGCUAUAGCUGGACGAAUGAAGACCGAAGGAUCUAUACGGACUCGAGCACAUAAUGUUGGGAUGGAGUUGGAAGAUUUUGGCUCAAGGAAAGACUAGAGAAUAUUUCUUAAAGUUGAACCCGGUGGACGCGCGUGUCGCGAAUCUUGGAUUAUUAUUAUUAUCGCCUCUGCCUAACGCGCCGCGUUUGCCUUUAACUUUCUUCAGCGCUUCUUCUGCCUCCCGUUUGGACUAUGGCCUCGGAUCCCAGAGACCCGGGACCGGCUGGUGGUGUUUUUGGAGGUUUACCCCCAAGUUACACACGCUCUCCGCCGCCUGUGAACUCUGAUCUCCGGAGGAGACCCAGUUACUGCUAUGCCGCGUUUGCCUUAAAACAAAUUUCCAAGGGGAAAGCUGUGGGACAGAAAGCGCCACUGUGGAUUCGGGCGACGUUCCAGGCUUUUCUCUUUUCACUGGGCUGUCACAUCCAGCGACACUGUGGAAAAGUCCUUUUCAUUGGACUCCUUGUGUUCGGAGCCCUGUCUGUUGGUUUGCGGGUCGCUGCCAUUGAAACGGACAUUGAGAAACUAUGGGUGGAAGCUGGCAGUCGGGUGAGCAAGGAGCUACGUUACACAAAAGAGAAGCAGGGAGAGGAGUCAGUGUUCACCUCACAAAUGCUCAUACAGAUACCCAAACAGGAAGGAACCAAUAUUCUUACCCAGGAGGCUUUGCUACUCCACCUGGAAGCUGCUUUGUCAGCCAGCAAAGUUCAAGUGUCUCUUUAUGGAAAAUCUUGGGAUCUUAAUAAAAUUUGCUUCAAAUCCGGAGUCCCAAUUAUAGAAAAUGUCAUGAUUGAGAGGAUGAUUGACAAGCUUUUCCCCUGUAUGAUUGUGACUCCUCUGGACUGCUUUUGGGAAGGCUCCAAGAUGCAGGGAGGCUCUGCCUAUUUACCGGGCAUGCCUGACAUUCAGUGGAUGAAUCUGGACCCCCUCAAGCUAAUGGAGGAGUUGAGCCAGUUUACAUCUCUAGAGAGCUUCCGAGAGAUGCUAGAUAAGGCUCAAGUGGGCCAUGCCUAUAUGAACCGGCCAUGCUUGGAUCCCAAUGACACAGACUGCCCUCACAGUGCCCCUAAUAAGGACCCACGGCAGGUGCCCGACAUUGCUGCUGAACUUCAGGGUGGUUGCCAUGGUUUCUCCAAGAAGUUCAUGCACUGGCAGGAGGAGUUGAUCCUGGGUGAAAGAGUAAAGGACUCCCAGAAUGCCUUGCAGAGUGCGGAGGCCCUUCAGACCAUGUUCCUCCUCAUGAGUCCCAAACAGCUCUAUGAGCACUUUAAAGGCGACUAUGAGAUCCAUGAUAUCAACUGGAACGAGGACAAGGCCACUGCCAUCUUGGAGUCCUGGCAGAGGAAGUUCGUUGAGGUUGUCCAUGGGAGCAUUCCUCAGAACUCUUCCUCCAAUGUUUACGCCUUCUCUACCACCACUCUUAAUGACAUCAUGAAGUCUUUCUCUGACGUCAGUGUAAUCAGGGUGGCAGGUGGUUAUCUUCUCAUGCUGGCAUACGCAUGCGUGACCAUGCUGCGCUGGGACUGUGCUAAGUCUCAGGGUGCUGUAGGGCUGGCAGGAGUGCUUCUAGUUGCUCUAUCUGUGGCUGCAGGACUUGGACUGUGCUCAUUGCUGGGGUUGUCCUUUAAUGCCGCCACCACACAGGUGCUGCCAUUCCUGGCCCUGGGCAUUGGAGUUGAUGACAUGUUUUUGCUGGCUCAUUCCUUCACUGAGACCAGAUCCAACAUCCCGUUCAAGGAGAGGACAGGUGACUGCCUUAGAAGAACCGGCACCAGUGUGGCUCUCACCUCCAUCAACAACAUGAUUGCUUUUUUCAUGGCUGCCCUAGUGCCUAUUCCUGCUCUCCGGGCCUUCUCACUUCAGGCAGCUAUUGUGGUGGUCUUUAACUUUGCCAUGGUUCUGUUGAUCUUCCCUGCCAUUCUGAGCUUGGAUCUGCACAGGCGUGAGGACAAAAGACUGGACAUCCUGUGCUGUUUCUACAGUCCCUGUUCCUCUCGGGUGAUCCAGAUCCAGCCUCAGGAGUUCUCAGAUGCUAACGACAACCACCAGCACGCUCCUGCCACUCCCACCUAUACUGGCUCCACUAUAACCACCAGCACCCACAUCACCACUACUGUGCAGGCAUUCACCCAGUGUGAUGCAGCUGGUCAGCAUAUUGUAACCAUUCUGCCACCCACUUCCCAGAUCUCCACCAGUCCUCCAUCCAUGGUCCUAUCCACACCCACUCCCACUCCCACCACUGACCCCUAUAGCUCCCAGUUGUUCACCACCUCCAGCUCCACCCGAGACCUUCUAGCCCAGGUAGAGGAGCCCAAAGAGGGCCGCGAGUGUGUGCCUCUGCCCUUCUUUCGCUGGAAUCUGUCAAACUUUGCACGGGAAAAGUAUGCCCCUCUGUUGCUGAAGCCUGAAACUAAGACUGUGGUGGUCGUCGUUUUUGUGGCUCUUCUAAGCCUCAGCCUCUAUGGUACCACAAUGGUUCAUGAUGGACUCUACUUGACUGAUAUUGUCCCCAGAGACACAAAGGAGUAUGACUUUAUCACUGCCCAGUUUAAAUACUUCUCCUUCUAUAACAUGUACCUGGUUACCAUGGAUGGCUUUGACUAUGCCCAUUCUCAAAGACAGCUUCUACAGCUUCACAAUGCCUUCAACUCUGUAAAAUAUGUAGUUAAGGACAGCAAUCACAAGCUUCCCAGAAUGUGGCUGCACUACUUCCAGGAUUGGCUCAAAGGUCUGCAGGCUACAUUUGAUGCUGACUGGGAAGCUGGCAGAAUCACCUAUGACAGCUAUCGCAAUGGCACAGAGGAUGGAGCGCUGGCAUACAAGCUUCUCAUACAAACCGGCUCUAAAAAAGACCCUUUCAACUACAGCCAGCUCACAUCUCGUCGCCUGGUGGAUGAGGAUGGUCUGAUUCCACCAGAGGUAUUUUACAUCUACCUGACAGUAUGGGUCAGUAAUGAUCCACUAGGCUAUGCUGCCUCCCAAGCCAACUUUUACCCCCAUCCUCGGGAGUGGAUCAAUGAUAAGUACGACACCACUGGGGAGAACCUUCGCAUCCCUGCAGCAGAGCCUCUAGAGUUCGCUCAGUUUCCUUUCUACCUAAAUGGCCUCAGACAAGCCUCAGACUUCAUUGAAGCUAUUGAGAGUGUGCGCACAAUCUGCGAGGAAUUUAUGCGUCAGGGAAUCCAGAACUAUCCCAACGGCUACCCCUUUAUGUUUUGGGAACAGUACAUUGGUCUGCGCCACUGGUUCUUGCUGUCCAUCAGCGUAGUGCUUGCCUGCACCUUUCUGGUGUGUGCCAUCCUCCUGCUUAACCCUUGGACUGCAGGCGUCAUUGUUUUUAUUUUGGCCAUGAUGACAGUGGAACUUUUUGGCAUCAUGGGCCUAAUUGGUAUCAAACUGAGUGCCAUUCCUGUUGUCAUCCUUAUAGCCUCCGUUGGUAUUGGGGUGGAGUUUACUGUGCACAUUGCACUGGGUUUCCUGACUGCCAUUGGGGACAGGAACACUCGUGCAGCCGUGGCUAUGGAGCAUAUGUUCGCUCCUGUGAUUGACGGUGCCAUCUCUACUUUGCUGGGAGUGCUCAUGCUUGCUGGCUCAGAGUUUGACUUCAUCAUGAGAUACUUCUUUGCAGUGUUGGCCAUACUGACAUUGUUGGGGAUCCUUAAUGGUUUGGUGCUACUUCCGGUACUUCUUUCGCUCAUGGGCCCCCCAGCUGAGGUCAUACCCACUAACAAUGCCAGUCAUUUGCAAAGUCCCUCUCCUGAGCCCAUGCCUCCUCCUAUGAACCACCACGGGUAUUACGCUGGGCACAUCCCCAAGGGACCACAUCAGGCAUUCUCAGAGAAUUCUGAUUCCGAAUACUAUUCUGAAACUACAACCACCUCUGGCAUCGGCGAGGAGGAGUACAAGUACUGUGACAGGAGCGCAUACAUCACGUCUCCAGCUCAAUCUCCAACCUCUCAUAUCCUGCUUGAAGCCAGCAAGAAUCCCAGUUUCCCUAAGCUCACAGUGGUGAAACCUUUUAAUGAAAACAGCUCUAAAGGACAGAACAGUGAGUCCAAGCAAAAUGCCGUCAACUCGGUCAGUUCACAGAUCACACGGUGGGACAACAAACAUGAGUAUCAAGGGCAGAGGCGACAACAUUUACCUAGCGACAGGACCCACUGUCCUCGAAGGACUACUCAGUGUGGCCUAGGGCCACAACCAGGGAGAGGGCAGCAGCAAAACAGGACUACAGCCCCAGCCCACAGCCCUGGGGCGUUGCAGCAUCCUAACAAUGCAAUCACCAUGGUUACAGCAACAGCUUCUGUGACAGUGGCAGUGCACCCCAGUUUGCCGGGGUCAUACCAGGAUUACAUGCACGAAGAGUUUGAGGAUAACGAGUCAGACUCUUUUGACAACUCUAAGAGGAUUUCUCAAACGUAUGGGAAAUCUACACAUUAUAAGAGGGACUCUUUGGAACUUCAAGAUCUGGAAUCCACAAAGAAAAACCAGCAUCAAGCUAACCAGGCCCUAGGUGGUGCAUGGGUCCAAGCAGCCAAAGAUUGUUAGACUGCUCCCAGCCCCUACAUCCCUUUGUCUGGAAUCUCUGGCUGUUUAGGGAAGUUCCCAACCCCAGCCUGGUGUCUUUUAUCUCUUUGAACUGUACAUAGACCUCACACAGACAAGAGGAUUUAUUUUAAAAUUAUUAAAAAGGUCUUCUUAGACAAAU